AUGAAACUUGAAAUGGAGCUGCCGCCAAAGGUCGAAGUCGAUUUGGAGUCGAACACCAUGCGGUACGAAUACGAUCCUUGGCUAUUAGACGACCAUCCGCUCCGCUCGCAUCCUACCGAGUGUAUUCCCGGUCUGGGCGCUGUUAUCACUGAGGGACUGGGCUCUUUCCAAAAACAGUGGAAGCAAUUUUUAUUGCGCACUGUCGGUCUACUUGUCGCGUGCUUUGUGGCGUUCCAAUGUCUUCAAUCGAUCCCAACGAUAGUGGGUCAUGCCCUGUCUCGUCCAGCAACAUCCCGUUUAAGCCCUCGCGAGUGGCAAGUGAAAUGCACGUUCCCUCAUUCAGAUCCUCGCCCUAGUGCCCUCUCGCAGUCCGUUGCUGCCGGAUGCGAUGGGUUCCGCAGCGAUAUCUGGCUGCAUGAGCACGACCUGCAGAUGAGCCCUGCAGCUUCAUCACCCAAAGAGGAAAAUGACCUUCAAUUCCGACUCGAGUCGAUCCUUACUCGCCUGCGACCCCGUGGUGGAUCCGAAACCCUUCAAACACCGUUCAGCAAUGAACCGACUGAGCAAGACAUUGAUUUACAAGUGACCAAAUCAUUCUAUCUUGUGCUCGACGCUCAAUCUCCUCUUCAUGAAAUUUAUUCUGUUCUACUUGCUCAAAUAGAGCCUCUCCGCCAACGGGGAUAUCUGACGGCCUGGGAUGGCACACAGUUGAUUCCCGGUCGAGUGACCGUGGUUGUCACUGGGGGAGACCAUAUACGAAUCCUGGUGUACAAAUGA